AGCCGGGCAGACGAAGAAAGUGCUGCCUUCCUCUUCUUAGCCCCUGAACCACGCAAGCACCGACGCGUGUAAUGCGUACACGUCUGUGUGUGUGUACCCGGAUUCCACAGGUUGCCGCCUGCCCCAAGCUGCUUUCGCAAGCUUCGUGCUGUGUCGUCUGUGCUGCUGGUACCGCUUUCUAACAGCUGUUGGGCUGUGUUUGCCAUGUGGGUGCAGCAGCCUGCCAGAGACCAGAAGAAAAGGCUGCUAACUGCAGAAUCGACGCGAUCUCUUCCUUUGCCUGGCUUUAUUUGCCCAGCUUCACGUGCUUCCAUUGUUCAGGGCAUCUGAAACGAAAGUGGCUGGGGGGCGGCGGCAGGAGAGAGGAUUCAUUCCUGGUAAACAGGCCCUCUAGAACUGGUUUGACUCCUGCGGGGCUAUACUCACUGCAUACAUACAUCACUGCCGCACGCUGCAGUUUCUCCUCGUCCACAAGCCAAAUGGAGAGAAGAUGGCAGUGAAAAAUGUGUCCAGUGAUAUUUAGAAGAAUGGUAUUUGUUUGUCCACAGCUAUAAAAGUCUCUUGGAGCAUUUGCCAAAAACUAUAUUUAAAGAACAAUGCUCCCCAGAAGAUUUUCUCUAUGAAAACUUAAAAUGGACCCUGAGGAGCAGGAGUUGCUUGGAGAUUAUAAAUACAGAAAUUAUGCUUCAGCAAUUGAUAAAGCUUUGAGGAACUUUGAAUCUUCAAGUGAAUGGGCAGAUCUUAUAUCUUCACUUGGUAAACUUAACAAGGCACUUCAGAGUAACCUGAAGUACUCUCUUUUACCAAGACGUUUAAUUAUCAGCAAAAGGUUGUCUCAAUGUUUACACCCGGCUUUACCUAGUGGAGUGCAUCUAAAAGCACUAGAGACCUAUGAAAUAAUAUUUAAAAUAGUUGGGACAAAAUGGCUGGCAAAGGACUUAUUUCUGUACAGCUCUGGCUUGUUUCCCCUGCUGGCAAAUGCAGCAAUGUCUGUGAGGCCAGUUCUUCUUGGUCUGUACGAGAAGUAUUUUCUUCCACUCCAAAAGUGCCUCUUGCCAAGCCUUCAAGCCUUCUUAAUUGGUCUUCUCCCUGGAUUGGAGGAAGGGUCAGACAUCUAUGACAGAACAGAUGCCUUGCUGGUGAAGCUGUCCCUAGUAAUUGGGAAAGAAGUGUUCUAUUCUGCCCUGUGGGGAAGUGUCCUAGUUAGUCCUUCUAUAAGGCUACCUGCAUCCCUUUUUGUUGUUAGUCAUAUCAACAGAGAAUUAUCAGGGAAACAGCAGAAGUAUAUGCUGGGCACGGAUGCUAAGCUCAUGAUUAAAGCUUUUUGUGAGUCAAUGCUGGAUUCAAAUGUUCUUGUACAAAGAAACAGUUUAGAAGUGGUUCUCUUCUUCUUUCCAUUUUACUCUUCACUGGAUCCCAAUGAAAGUGCUGUUCCAUUAUCUAGGUCUGAUAUUGUCCAUCUUCUCUCAGCUGCUGCCCAAACUCUUUUAAGAAGAGAUAUGUCAUUAAACAGAAGAUUAUAUGCAUGGUUACUAGGUUCUGAUAUCAAAGGAGUUACUUUAGUGCCAGAUUCUUCUAUUUCCAUGUCUUCAGAAGACCAUGCCCUCUACUUCUUUGGAAAAUAUUCCAAAGAUCUUUUAGUUGAGGGAUUGAUUGAAAUACUACAGCAAAAACUUGAAGAAUCUGACUUGGAAGAACAGUAUCAUGCAUACUUGAAGCCGUUCCGCAUUCUCAUAAGCCUGCUUGACAAACCUGAAAUAGGACCGCCAGUUAUUGCUGAUUUGUUUCUUGAAGUAAUUAGAGCAUUCUACAGUUAUUGCAAGGAUAUAUUGGGUUCUGAUCUUAAACUCAGCUAUACCCAGACUGGCAAUUCCCUUAUAAGUGCAAUCAAAGAAAACAAGAAUGCAUCUGAAAUAGUUAAAACGGUUAAUCUGUUGAUCACAUCCUUAAGCACAGAUUUUCUCUGGGAUUAUAUGACCAGAUGUUUUGAAGACUGCUUCAGAAGUACGUCUAUGCAGACACAACUUCCGACUAAGAAUGCUACCACCCUUGCAACUGUUUCAGAACUCUGCACACUACUGGUAUUUCUUUUAGAUGUGAUACCAUUGGAGCUUUAUUCGGAAGUGCAGUCUCUUUACCUGCCACAGAUGCUCAGCUGCCUGGUGCAAUCUCUCCUUGAAAACAUGGACACUCUUAGUUUACCAGAGCUCACCCACGCCUUAAGGACAUGCUUCAAAGUGCUUAGCAAAGUGCAAAUGCCUCCUGCCUAUCUAGGAACUGAAACAGGAAGCUCAGAUACUAGCCCUGUAAAGGAAGAGAACCAGGAGCUGAGGUCAGAAGUGAAAGUACUUCAGAAUGAAGAAGAGGCUUCUUUUCCUCCACUAAAAACAGAAGACAGUGGUAUUGCUCUCAGUGCUUCAUCCCCAGAGCUGUCCCAGCAUCUGAGAAUUCCAAGAAUAAUCCCUGAGAAAGAUGAUGUUUGGAAAAAGGGUGGGAGCAUGCAGAAGACCUUGUACUGUAUCCAGGGCCUGGUUGCAAAGUUUGCCAGUAAAUAUGUAUUUGGGGUUCAUUUACAAGACUCCGGGAAUGGAAGUGUUCAGACAGCAUGUGUAAGACAAGGGGAGAACAAGGAAACUACCAACAAGAAAAAGCACUCGUGGGACUCCAAGCAAAUCACUGUGCCUCAGUUUAAGCAGAUGCUGUCCGAUUUAUUCACUGUCCGGGGAUCUCCAUUUAAACAGAAAGGUUUGGGGCCUCAGUCUCCUGUGGAUGACCUUGGUAAUCAAAGAGAGAAAGAGGAGGAAGAAUGGGACUUUGACCAAGUCAUGCUUGACUUGGGAGAUUUGAAGGAGGAUUGCAGAGAGGCUUUUGCAGCAAUGUGCUACCUCUUACUGGAUUGUACUACAUUCCCCGUCUAUCUUUCAGACGAAGAAACUGAACAGCUCUAUUCUUCCCUCUUUCAAGUGCCUGGAGGCUGUGAACCCACUUUCCCCCUGUGGCUCAAAUCCUUGAUGACAAUAUGUUGCUGUGAGAAUGACCGCUACAUUCAGAAUGUCUCCAUCUCAGUACUGCUGGAAAUAAUAAACCAUUCCCAGUCAUUGGCACUGGUUCUUGAAGACAGGCUAAAGCGGUAUAAAAUUCCAGGCCAAAAUCCCUUCUUUGGAAAACUACAGAUGGUCACAGUUCCUCCCAUUGCACCUGCAGUUCUAAAGCUUGUUUCAGAAAAAACAGAUUUCUAUCAGAGAGUGGCUCAAGUGCUUUGGGAUCAGCUAAACAAAGAGACAAGAGAGCAUCACAACACAUGUGUAGAACUGUUCUACCAUCUGCAUUGCCUGGCUCCAUCAGCUAAUAUUUGUGAAGACAUCAUCUGCCUUGCAUUACUAGAUCAUGACAAAGGGACAAGGCUAGAGGCACUAUUUCGAUUCUCUAUCAUGUGGCAUUUGACCAGAGAAAUUCAAGGCAGCAGAGUCACUUCCCACAAUCGGUCUUUUGACAGGUCCCUUUUUGUUGUACUGGACAGUCUUAAUUAUUCUGAUGGAGCAAUUGGAGCUGCAGCACAGGGUUGGUUGAUACGAGCCCUCUCACUUAAUGAUGUUGCACGAAUUCUUGAACCUGUUCUUCUGCUUCUGCUUCAUCCCAAGACACAGCGUACCUCCAUUCAGUGUGUCAAGCAGAAAAGCUCAUCAGAAGACAUGCAUCUCUGGUAUAAAAAGAAAAAAGGGUCCUUCCAGGAGACCUUGGGAGCCCGUGAACUACAGGAAAGCAGCUCUGAAGAAAGUUUGCCAAUGAGCCAGUUUACAGCAGUGGACAGGGAAGCUAUAUGGGCUGAAGUUGAAAAAGUUCCAGAGAAAUGUCUGCUAAAAAAUAAACAGUCUAUAAAUGAUCCUUGUCAGUGUGCAGAAGCUCCAGGAAUGAUGGGUGAAGAGGAGGAUAGUGAGCACACGGAGUCUGCUGACACAAGCACUGGGCCGAUUGACAGUGAUAACACGUCAUCGUUUUCUCCUUCUCUGGACCAGCAAGAUAUGAGCAAUGAGGAAAACUAUAGUGCUUCUACAGAUGGCAAAGAAAACAAGAAACAUGUUGGUUCCUCCAAUGUUUAUUCCCCUAGCACCAUGUUAAACCUUGUACGUGUAGAUUCUGAGAAAACUCAAGCAUCAGAAUCUUUCUCAAGUGAUGAGGAGGUGGACUUGGAGCUUCAGGCAUUUACCACAUCCCGAUUGCUAAAACAGCAGAAGGAAAAACAGGAGAUAGUUGAGGCCCUAUUUAAGCAUGUUCUCUUGUACUUGCAGCCAUAUGAUUCCAAAAGGGUGCUGUACGCUUUUUCUGUACUUGAGGCAGUGCUCAAAACAAAUCCUAAAGAGUUCAUCGAAGCUGUAGGCACAACUAGUAUGGAUACCAGCUCCACAGCUCAUCUAAAUCUCAUUUACAAUCUUCUAACUCGCCACCAGGAGGCUCUCGUUGGACAGAGUUUCUAUGGAAAACUUCAGACUCAGUCACCAACCGUAUGCCCACAUUCAUUAUUAAUAGAAUUGCUGACGUACCUUUGUCUGAGUUUCCUGCGUUCUUAUUAUCCUUGUUACUUAAAGGUGACCCACAAAGAUGUGCUUGGCAAUAGGGAUGUCCAAGUCAAAAGCGUUGAAGUCUUGAUCAGAAUGAUGACCCAGCUGGCUACAAUGGCCAAAGCAACAGAAAGCAAGAACAUUGAAUUUAUACACAACUUGCUGGGAAGAUGUAAAGUACAAGAAUUUGUCCUCCUCUCUCUAUCUGCAUCUAUGUAUGUUAGUCAAAAAUGCUAUGAACAUAUGACAGCUGAUAAGAUGAAUGGCUUUAGUGAAGACUGUGUUCUUGAGGAGACUCUCAUCAACUUUGGUCGUGAUCAGAUUUGGAGUGAGCAUCCUUUACAAAUUGAGCUGCUGAAACUUCUGCAAGUGUUGAUAGUCUUGGAGCAUCAUCUUGGACAGACUCAGGAAGAACUAGAGAACCAGACAGGCCUAUCAAAGGAAUGGCAAAGGGCUCUUAACUUUCAGGAGGCAAUUGGUGCUAUGCAGUAUGUGCAUCCACACCCUAUAACUUCACAAGGAUUAUUUGUAUCUGCUGUAGUCCGAGGCUUGCAGCCCGAGUAUGGCUAUGGCAUGCAUCCAGCUUGGGUGAGCUUGGUUGCUUAUUCCUUGCCAUACUUUGGGAAAUCCUUAGGGUGGACAGUAGCACCAUUUAUUGUACAGAUUUGCAAGAACCUGGAUGAACUUGUCAAACAAUAUGAACAUGAAACUCUGAAGAUGUCAGCAAAAGUGUCUGUAAGCAUACAUUCUAAACGAGAGAACAUUACACCAGAUUAUCCUCUAACUCUUUUGGAAGGACUCACAACUAUUGGCCAUUUUUGUCUUUUGGAUCAUCCAAACCAAACUAAAAAGUCCUCCUUGACUGCUGACCCUACAAGUUUAAGAAAUGCUAGGAAUGCCAUUUUGGAAGAACUCCCCCGAAUUAUUAACACCAUGUCUCUCCUUUGGAGUGUCAUAAAAAAGGAAGAAUCUCAAAAAAGACCAACUGACUUCCUAGGCACAAAAGGCUCUUCUUCCGUUUACUUUAAGGCGACCAAAACAUUAAAGAAUAAAAUCCUAGACUUCUUGAAUCCUCUUACUGGACAUCUUGGAAUGCAGUUUAUGGCUGCAGUAGCAGCAGUGUGGAACAGCAAGAGAUCUCAUAAGCGGCAAAAGAAAACAAAGAUUUCUCCUGUUGCUAGUGCAUCUCAGCUCGUACUACUUGACUUAGUUUGUGCACUUAGUACUCUGAAGAUUGACACUAUACUGCAGCUAGUAAAAGAAGUGGUAAAGAAACCAUCCCAAAUCAAGGGUGAAGAGAAAUCUUCCUUAGUGGAUAUCCCAGUGCUCCACUUCUGCUAUGCUUUCAUACAAAGACUCCCUGCCAUCGCCUUGCAGGAAAACUUCCAGUCAUUGUUAGGAGUGCUGAAGGAAUCUGUGCAACUGAAUUUGGUGCCACCUGGGCAUUUUUUGCUUCUCAGCACCCUGAAUGAUUUUGUGACUAGAAUGCCAAACCAGGAAAAUAAGAAGGACCAGAAAGACCUUCAGGAGGUAACCCAGAAAAUACUGGAAGCUGUGGGGAAUGUUGCUGGUUCCUCUCUAGAACAAACUAGCUGGCUGAGUAGAAAUCUGGAAGUGAAAGCCCAGCCUCAGAUUUCUUUAGAUGAAUCCAACGCUGAAGAUGAUUUGUGUGAUACUUCAGCAAUACCUUCUUCAAUGGUUUCUGCCUCAGCCCCAUCAAUGUAUAGUGUUCAAGCCCUCUCUCUCCUUGCAGAGGUUCUUGCUUCUCUCCUGGAUAUGGUUUAUCGAAGUGAUGAAAAAGAGAAAGCAGUUCCUUUAAUCUCUCGUUUGCUGUAUUAUGUGUUUCCUUAUUUACGUAAUCACAGUACCUACAACCUUCCUAGCUUCCGGGCUAGCAGUCAGUUGCUCAGUUCCCUAAGUGGCUAUGCCUAUACCAAGCGAGCAUGGAAGAAAGAUGUUCUGGAACUAUAUAUGGAUCCAGCCUUUUUCCAGAUGGACACCUCCUGCAUUCAUUGGCGAGCCAUUGUUGAUCAUCUUCUUACACAUGAGAAAACUAUGUUUAAAGAUUUGAUGAAUAUGCAGAGCAGUUCCUUAAAACUUUUCCCAAGUUAUGAACAGAAGGCAAUGUUGAUAAAGCGUCAAGCCUUUGCUAUUUUCAGUGGAGAAAUUGAUCAAUAUCACCUCUACCUUCCUUUAAUACAAGAGCGAUUGACUGACACCCUGCGUGUUCGACAGACAUCCCUAGUAGCAGCACAGAUGUUUCUGUUCUUCAGGGUUUUGUUACUCAGAAUUUCCCCUCAGCAUCUCACUUCAUUAUGGCCAAUCAUGGUGACAGAACUGAUUCAAACAUUUAUACAACUUGAGGAUGAUUUAGCUGAGGAAGAAGAACCAGCAAAAAACAGCAGCAAAAUAAACAAACAGAAAUCAUCAGAUGACAAUGAUCCAUUGUUUGGUGACAUUCAGCAGAAUGAACUGAAUUUGUAUUUAUCAGCUUGUAAGUUCUUGGACACCGCACUUUCCUUUCCACCUGACAAGAUGCAGUUAUUUCAAAUGUACAGAUGGGCAUUUGUUCCAGAAGUAGAUAUGCAGGCUUACAAUGUGACCUCAGAUCUAAUGGAAAAUCACCAGGAAUGCAAACCACAUAUUGUAAGAAUAAUGGAUUUACUUAAGCUGAGAUGUCAGGAACAAAAUACCCAUGAGAGAGAAACAAAAACCUAUAGAUUUCCUCUUUUGGACCUUCGUUCCAUAUCAAGUAUCACACAGUUAAUAUCAUUCUUCAGUAUACUAAGCUGUGCUUUUAAAACAGAAAGCAACAAGACACUCAACACACACAGCUCAGAGUCUCCUGCAGUGGACUAUCCCAUUGGCAGUAGCACAAGGACCUUGAAGCUACUGGAGGAGUGCGUGGAACGUGAUUUUAUAGAAAAUAUGGAAAGUUAGACUUGUUAAAAAAGAGUUCAUAGUAUGAGGCUUUUUGUUAUCACCAAGUUUCAGGUUAAUUAAGAUGUAAAUUACUAGGGUAAUAUACUAAACCGUUUACAGAUUUCAGCUCAUUUUUACUUUUCCUACCAAUGCACUCUACACUGGUUUUAUUUUUUUGAUUAGAAAAAUGCUGCCACAUAUUUUUCAGGGGCAAAUUAGUGUAAUUUGCAUAUUUCUUCAGUGAACUAUUUUUCCCCCAAAAUACUUAAGCUGUUUAUAUAAUGAAGGCAACUGAUUUGCUGUAUCUGAACAAGUCUGUUUUUAAGAGGCUUUUGGAUUUGUAAAACUUUUAAGGGAACUCCCCAAGAAUAUGUUCCACGUGCAGCAAACAAAUUGGCUGAUGGAGCAAGUCUUUUUACAUGUUCUUUCUGUAAGCAUGUCCUUCAUAGUAAGCUUUGUAGUAUGUUGUACAAAAAUCCAUAAAGCAUUCUUCUAAUAAAAUGUAUGUUUCACCUUUCUAACAAUACUUUAACAAUCCAAGACUUGGAGCAUAAGUAUACUUACCAGUAAGCAGCACUCACUCAACUUAAAGGGAUUUACUUUUAGGUGAAUCCAUUAGGAUUGGGCUUUUUAAGUUUUUACAUUUGCAUAGGAUCUGUAGAAGAAUAAAUCUUCUAACAUUAAGAAGGAAACUUUUUAUUUGGAAGCUUUCUAGACUAGUUUUAAAAUCAUGAUUGCCUUUUACAAUUGUUGAAUUGGAAUUUAAUUCUGAUAGGGCUAUGAGAAUUUUUAAAGAAUGUGUGCAUAAGGUGUGUGUACAAUUCUUGAAAGCUCUCUUUGUGUGUGUGUGUGUCUUUACGCACAUAUGUAUUAUAUAUAUAUACACACACAUAUAUUGCUAUGCUGCAUUUUAAAUACUUCAUUUCCUAAGAAAAUAGUUUACAAUUCUGUGCUUAAACAUCUGAGCAGAUUUGGAUGUUUACUCAGUGUUGCAUAAGAUUGGAGACAACUCUUUAUAUUGUGAAUUAAUUGGAGGAUGGAGAGGCUCUUGGUUCCAGCGCCUUGUUUACAGCACAGUAUUGGUAACGCACGAGUAAAAUCAGGGAAACGGGGAGGUGUUAGUUGUAUGGGUGCUAUGCCAAUGGCUACAAAUGGAAAAUAAAUGUUGAAAAAACAAAUCUAUAUAUUUAAAAAAUGUUAGCCUGUUCUUUAAAUUUAGUGGAUAUUAUACUUGGCUAUUUUUGUAUGUUCAUGUAAAGAAUUCUAUUUCAUUAACAGGUCUGCUUUUUCUCUUUCUCCCCACCUCCAAAUACUGACUACUUGUGGUAGAUCUAGCACCUUCACUUCCAAAAUAAGAAAACAAAACCCCAGAAUGGACAAAAUUCAGCUAAACUUGAACAUUUUUAAUUACUAUUUAUUUCAAUGUAAAAGUUAGGAAUCUAUUCAAAUUUCAUCAAUGAAAUCAUUGGAAAUUUUAGUGCUUAAGUUUGGCUAGGUUGGGGUUUGAUCUUUUGUGCAAUAUUCUUGCAACAAACUUGGAUUUAAUUAUGUAAUGCCAAGAAUUGUUUUUGUUUUUAAUUUCACCUGUGUCACUCUUUUCCUUAGUUUCCACCAGUAGCUGCUCUACGGUGCAAAAGUCUGGCAAUGUAGACAGACCUAUUUCAACAUUUUAUAUAGAAAGCUACCUGUGUAUUCUUAUCUACAGAUUAGUGAUGGGUUUUAUGUUAGCAUUUUGAUACUGAUGAAAUCCUAAACAUACAUUACAUGCUCUGUUGUAAUUAUGUUAAAGAUCUAAAAUGAAUCAUUAUUCACUUGUUAAUAUAUUUGUUAACUGAUGCAAUCUAACUCAUAAACUAGCGGAGCAGUCUUAUUGUUCCCAUAGGAUUCUUGAGAUUUGAAGUUAGAAAAGAGCUCCAACCUUGGAGCUGGGAAUCCACAGAAAGUACCACAUGGGCUGCUUCUCUGAGGUUUUAAGAGUGCCCACUGGGAAGGGUUAAUGAAGGGUGUUGUGGGAGAGGAGAGGAGACUGGAGCACAACACAUCCUGGAGGUGCUUCAUCCUCCUUCCCUCCCAGUCUGAAGCACCACAACGAGACUGCCAAAAUGAGCCAUCCAACUGACGUGCAGGGUGGGAGGAACACAGGGUAGAAAUUGCUUCUACACUUCUCCCACCCAGCUUAGGAAGCCUAUAAUCCUCCAAGUUCAAAGGCUUACUUACAACUCCACUGGAUUGUGCUCUAUUUUUUUUAUUAUGAAUGUGAAAUUGAAUGUGUAAUCUCUUCUGAAUGUAAAAUAUUUCAUACAGGUAUAAAGAAGUAAAUAUUAAUUACAGGAAUAAAGAUGUAUCCAUUAUAAAUCAUAAAAUUCUGCCCAAUUUACCAUCUGGAAUUAGAAACAUUUUCAAAAUGUAAGCAAAUGUUGGUAACACUCAGGGAAACUAUAUAAUCUUCAUUUGCAAUUCCAUUUGUUAUGACAGAAAUACCUCCAAGUAUGACUCCAAGUACCUCCUUUGCUCUUCAUUGCUCUUUUCUGCUAGUGCUCCUGAAUAUCAGAUAUUUCACCAUGCAAUUAACUCCAGGAGCCCAUUUUAACCUGCAGAGGAGAUUUGUGUUAAAUGGGUUUGCACAACAUGAGAAACCAUGGAGAAAUCUUAUCAUGGGUAUCUUGUGUUGUCUGGGCCCAGCUCUGGAGUACCUGCAUGGUAGGGUUUGUUUUUUGAAACCACGGAGAAUAUCAACAGCAUGUUCUAAGGUUUCCAUGCUUCACGGCUUUCUGGACCCAGGAUCUCCAUUUUACCAUUGUUGGUAUAGAAACACCAUAGAGUCCCUUGACAAGAGCACUGUGGAAGUGACCACUUCUAGCCUUUGAUCUCUAGUGCUCCCAACAACCUAGCAACAGAUGUGUCAUUGCUCACUCAAUUCCCAUUGGCUGAUAAGUCCAUUUCCCUGUUUACUUUUGGAAAUGGAAACAGUGCAAAAAUACAGAGGGAGAAAUGAGAAAUCGUGGCAAUUUUUUUUUCUUUUAAUAAACAUCUCCAUGGAUGCUGUGGUGGUUAGGAAGUGCUGCAGACAUGCAGGUACAUUCAGGAGGGAGAUGGGGAACCCACCUCAGAACCACAGUAGAACAAUCAGAAGAAGGCUGCUGUAGUCCAUAGGCAAAAAUAGGAAAAGAUGAGGAUUCUAUUUAUUGGGGCUCCAGGAUGCAUGGUGAAGACUAGGGUGUGAGGAAGCAGCAACUGUGCUGCCUGGGCAACUAUGUGAUCAUCUGACUGGUAAAUGUGAACAAAAUCUGUGCUCUGGGUUGCUUGCCAUGUCAUGUGAACCCAGGCAUUGUGUAUGCAACUACCACUGCAUUCAAGAGGACACCCUCAAUUAAGUUUUCUUCAACUUUUCUUCUACUUGCUUCCCAUCUAGCGUCCAAUCUCCUUUGAAACUAUCCUGUACAUUAAAUUAACCAGCAUAUACUAAGACUUUUUUAAACCACCAAAUUAGAGCAACCUCUUCAUCAGACAAGGGGCUUGUCUGCACAUCAAAACAAGCCAGCAUAUGUUAAUAGGGGGCGGUUAGCAAUGCACACCAGCUGCCAUUGUGAAUAUGCAAGCUGCAGUGAGUAGACACCAUGGUGGUCUGCAGUUGUAUGACAAGACAAGCCGCACAGUAGGCAUAUUCCAAAUGGUGGUUCAACUACAAGCCCUACGUGCAAAGCAGGUCAUACUGUGGCUUGAUGUCUCAAGAUAAUUCUUUAGCACAUACUUUAGAUCCCCAUUCAGCUUUACAAAAAACAUCACAUCUUUGUUUCUGAGGUUAUUUAUUCUUUUGCAUUUUAUCUCAAGUGGUUGUGAGUUUUGUGUAUGGGAAUUGUACUUAUAUCCUCUGGGCUAUUAAGACUUGCUGUACAUGGCUUAAAGCUGCAUAAUAACUGCAGAAGAAUAUUAACUAGUUAAUGUUUGCUUCCAAAAUAUAAAAAAAUAUAACCUAGUCUGGGGAAAUAAGGUUUGAUUUGGCUUAGUAACACUUUUGUUUUUUAAGUAAUGGUUUUAAAAUGGCAAUACAAAUUUGAUUGUUACUUUUAAUGGAUACUGCUGCUUUAAAAUUUCAGAUUGAAUUGCUACCACUUUAGUACAAUAAAAAGAAACUGAGAAUA